AUGGCUCGGCGGAACUCGUUCAAGCUCGGUACAACUCUCCUUGAAGUCAUAUCCGUACCUCUCGAUGAUACUCAGCAGCAAAGACGCUCACACCUCCUGAAAACAUGUGAGGGUUUGAAUGCCAGGAAACAUCCAGAAAACAUUGAUGGUCUGAGCGCCGACACCUUAAAGAAAAUGGAUAACAUAUUCGUUAUAGAUAAAUUCAAAACUCUUUAUUGCUAUAUUCCCAAAGUUGGUUGUACAACUAUGAAGCGAAUGCUUCUUUUGCUCAAUGGCCAUAUAAACUCAACUAACGUAGGCCAUGAAGAGGUUCAUGCCCUUGCCUCGAAGUACUUUCCAUCAUUGGGUAAGUUCAGUCUGGAAGAUGCAAAAGAGAAAAUAAAAAACUAUCGUAAACUGAUAUUUGUUCGCGAACCGUUCUCACGGAUUUUGUCUGCAUAUCGGGAUAAACUCGAAUCAAAGGGAUCUUUCAAGACAAAUUUUCUGCCUCGUAUGGUCAACAGGGAUGCUAGAUCAAUGGCUGGGGGUAAUGAAGGCCUCAACAUCACUUUCGGUAAUUUUAUUGAUUACGUCAGUAAUCCAUGGAAUACACUAGCCGAUCCUCCAGAAGAGCAUUGGAGGGAGAUGUUCCGUCUGUGCUAUCCAUGCCGAGUUCCUUACGAUUUCAUUGGACGUUUUGAAACAUUUAAUGAAGAUGUUCGCGAGGGUUUGCAAAAAAUUACUCAAGAUGUUGACAUGGAAAUCCCUGCGUCAUCGAAUCCUACUAAAAGUAGUAACUUGGACACUUUGGUUAAAUACUACUCGCAACUCAGUUCGACACAAUUAGAAUCGCUCUACAAGAGACUCGCGACAGAUAUAGAAUUAUUCAACUACAGAGUUCCGUCUUUUCUUGCUGAUCGUUUCUUGUCUUCGUAAUAGACUUUAGUUUGGUUGCAAGUGCCUAAGAUAAUUAUGAUAUAUCUUUAUUUGUUUGCUGAUGUGCCUCUGUAGGAAAGUAG